AUGCCGACAGCAACAACGGCCUUCCCCCCGCGACAGAGACCGGGAUACCUGACCGAGAAAGGCCGCCCCCUAGCCACCGUGACCGACUCUCCCACACCAAUCAUCCAGAAGCACAACGUCCCCCAAGACGAAGCCCCAGAAAAAAAAGCACCCCUGCCCUACUGGCUCACCAACAUUCCGCGAUCCCAAUGGCCCCCCUCCUGCCCCAGCUACCUCCGCGACAUCUCCCAAAAGAACAUCGAGAUCCUCUCGACCCCGGACCAUCUCUACCAAAGACAAGGGUGGGACCUCGUCACAGAGCUCGUCCGCACGAACCGAAUCGACCGCUUCCAGCGCCUCCCCAGCGAUCUCCGCCGGUACCUGGAGUGCAAGGCGCGGAUCGUCGCCGAGUACGGGUCGAUCAUGCGCUUCGUCGUCAAGGAGCGAUUGCGGUGGGGGGAAGGCUUGCAGAGUGAUUUGCGCGCCAAGGGGAGGCCGUUUGAGUUCGAUGAGGACCUCCGCAUCCUAUACAACGACUGGCCAUACGGCCUGGAGCCGGAUAUCGUGCACCUGGUCGUGUGGACCAAGUUCCCGCUGGAGGACGAUCCGGUCGUGGAUGAUUUGACGCCGCGCGCGCGGCGCGAGAUCGACGGGUUCGUGCGGCGGACGUUCCAUGCGAGGAUGGCGCCGGAGCAGGUGAUCUGGUUCCGGAACUGGAGGUCGCUAAAGUCGGUCCAUGCCGUCGAGCAUUUCCAUGUCAUGUUGUAUCGGCCCCCGGCCGCGUUUUUGGAGGAGAUUACCCGCGGCGAUUUGCCGGCGCACGUGAUCGGGUAG